AUUCUGUCAGUUCGAUUGACCGGCCGGUGAAGGUGAAUCUCUUGUCACUCACAGAAAGUCGGGCAGGUAUCACAUUGGAAAAAGUUCGAGGAAGUUGUCAUUUGCAUCUCGUUCGGUGUCUGCCGCCGGCAGGGUUGCGUUCCGUUGGAAUAUGAUUUGUCCGCGUUACUCUACCUGUUGACAACCACCAUCAUCAUGACACUCUCCUUGUUCGACGUUCGCAAACAGCUUACCUUCUACGGUUCCUAUCAUUCCAAUCCAAUCAACAUCCUCGUUCACAUAUUCGGGGUCCCAGCUAUUCUGUGGAGUUCACUGUUGUUGGCUACUCGUAUCCAAACUCCCGCAUUCUUGCCCGUGUUUCGCUAUACGUUCAAUGAGUACCUAUCGUUCGAUUUGAAUACGUCCGCGGUGGUCGCUGCCAUAUAUCUUGGAUACUACAUCAUCCUUGAACCGUUUGCUGCGUUGUUGUACGCGCCGCAAAUAGUAUUGUUAUUGUUGACAGCAACAGCUCACGCGCACCGUCCUGAUGGCAUUCGAGACGCAAUCAUUGUUCAAGUCAUUUCAUGGAUUGCACAGUUCCUCGGACAUGGACUUGCCGAGGGUCGUGCUCCAGCCCUUCUAGACAACAUUGUCGGUGCCCUUGUACUCGCUCCGUUCUUUGUGCACUUGGAAUUGAUGUUCAUGCUUGGAUAUCGUCCCGCCCUACACAAGCAGCUGCAAAACGAUAUAGGCAUUGAGAUCGCCAAGAUGAGAAAAGCACAAGGCGAUAAGAGACGCCUUGCAAAAAAGAAGGCCAGUUAAUUUGAUCGAUGACGGGAUCCUAGUCGCAUAUCUAUCAUCUUAGACUUUCCGUAUUUGUUUAUUCUCCUGCUUUGCCAGACCUCAUCGAUUCUUUUAUUCCUGGCCUGUGGAGGUU